AUGAACAUAACAAUUUGGAGCGAAGAUUUUUGGUUGCCGAAAAAUACAACAUGGAACGAUUUUAAUCAAUUGGAGAACAGCGGGGUUCGGAUACCCCGCAUUCAUGAUCUUGUUUAUGUGUAUCCAUUAGCUGGUUUACUUUAUUUAACGCGCGUUCUAUUCGAGCGUUACAUUUCUCAACCACUUGGUCGACUUCUUCGAAUAGAAGAUUCGCGAUCAACUAUUCACAAAUUAUCGAAUCAUCAUAAAUUAUCAGAUAAUAAACAAGUGAAACGAUCGACACGCAUUGGUCCAUUAGGUAAAUUUAGUGAAUCAACCUGGCGUUUUACUUUUUAUCUUAGUAUAUUUUUAUAUGGUGCUUUCAUUUUAAAUAAUAAAAUUUGGUUAUGGGAUACACGUCAUUGUUGGUUAAACUAUCCCAAUCAUUCAUUAACAUCCGAUGUUUAUUGGUAUUAUAUGAUAGAAUUAGCAUUCUAUUGGUCAUUAGUCUUUUCUCAAUUUAUCGAUGUUAAACGAAAAGAUUUUUGGCAAAUGUUUAUUCAUCAUAUCGCAACGAUAUGUUUACUUUCGUUUUCUUACAUCGUCAAUUUUGUACGUGUAGGAACGUUAGUACUCGUAGUACAUGACUGCGGAGACUAUUGGCUUGAGUUUGCAAAAAUGGCCAAAUACGCGCGAGCACAACGACUCUGUGAUACAAUGUUCGUGAUAUUUGCUGUUGUUUGGUUUAUAACACGUCUCUGUUAUUAUCCAUAUAAAGUAUUGUAUACGUCGACAUUUGAAGAGAUGAUGAUUCUCGGCUCAUUUCCUGCUUAUUACGUUUUUAAUGGACUUCUAAUAUUGCUUCAAAUUCUUCACUAUUUCUGGUUCUAUUUAAUUUGUCGAGUCGCCAUUUCAGCUUUCAAAGCCGGCAAAGUGAAAAAAGACGAACGAAGCGACAGCGAAGAUUGGGACGAUGAACAAGAUAUUGCUGCUGUUGAUAUAGACAAAAACAAGUGA